AUGAACCCAGCAGACCUGGAAAUGGUGAAGAAUGCAGUAAAGGAACAGGGAGCCAUGCUAGGAACUCACCAGCAAGGCAUUGUUCAAGUUAACAGUAACCUGGAGACUGUUGCUGAGCAACUUAACUCCCUCUCUGCACAGGUGCAACAACUUUUGUCCAAUGCCUCUCAGCCCCAGCCGACCCCCCCACAGGCAAGCCCAGCUCCCCCCUCUCCGGCCACACCCUCUCCAUUCAGAGAACCCAGGCUGCCUGCUCCUCAACCCUACGAUGGUAACCCCAACAACUGCCGUUCAUUCCUCUCACAAUGUUCUUUAACCCUGGAACUCCAGUCUCUUGCUUUUCCAACAGAACGUUCCCGAGUAGCCUACCUCAUCACCCUCCUCACUGGCAGGGCCCGGGAGUGGGGAACUGCUGUCUGGGACGCCAAUGCCACCUGCUGCUCAUCCUACAAAACCUUCACUGAUGAGAUGAAAAAGGUAUUUGACCGCUCCCACGCAGGCAGGGAGGCUGCAAGAGAGAUCAUGGCCCUCCGUCAAGGUACCCGUUCUGUCUUUGAUUAUGCCAUUGAGUUCCGCACUCUGUCUGCCUCAUGUAAAUGGAAUGAUGACGCCUUGUAUGAUGCUUUCCUGAAUGGCCUGAGUGAUGCAGUGAAAGAUGAACUUGUCCCAAGGGAGUUACCCUCUGAGCUUACAGAACUAAUGGACCUGGCUGGACGCAUUGAUGCUCGUAUCAGACAGAGAAACCGGGAGAAGACUCCAGCCUAUCUUCGACCGGGUGUGAAGGCUCCUCCACCUGAACUUCCACCUCCUGAACCAAUGCAAAUUGAUCGCGCUCGGGUUACUCCUGAGGAGCGCCAACGCCGACGAGACACAGGUGCCUGCUUCUAUUGCGGAAAGCCCUCCUUAGCUCCUGAUGAGUUUCCUGAUCUGUCUAAUGUCCCCGAGGAGUAUCUUGACCUUAAGCCUGUGUUCAGCAAGUCCCAAGCUGUAUCCCUACCCCCGCAUAGGCCUUAUGACUGCGCCAUUGAACUCCUUCCUGGCUCUUUUCCACCCAAGGGCAGUCUGUAUUCUCUCUCCCCCCCUGAAAGAGACGCCAUGAAGAAGUAUAUUUCAGACUCUCUGGCUGCGGGAAUCAUCCGCCCAUCGUCAUCACCUGCUGGAGCUGGUUUCUUUUUCGUGGGGAAGAAGGAUGGAUCCCUCCGCCCAUGUAUUGACUAUCGAGGCCUAAAUGACAUCACAGUCAAGAACAGGUACCCCUUACCACUCAUGUCUACUGCCUUUGAACUCAUCCAGGGAGCCUCUGUUUUUUCUAAACUUGACCUAAGGAAUGCCUAUCACCUAGUAAGAAUCAGGGAGGGUGACGAAUGGAAAACCGCCUUCAACACCCCUACUGGUCAUUAUGAAUACCUGGUGGUUCCUUUUGGUUUGACCAAUGCCCCAGCUGUUUUUCAAGCUCUUGUCAACGAUGUACUGCGAGACUUCCUGAAUGUUUUUGUUUUUGUUUACCUUGAUGAUAUCCUUAUAUUUUCACCCUCCCUUGAAGCCCAUAGGCACCAUGUCAGGCAAGUUCUACAGCGGCUGCUGGAGAACAAACUCUUUGUAAAGGCUGAGAAAUGUGAAUUCCACAGAGAUACUGUAUCCUUCUUGGGUUUUGUCCUCUCCCCCUCCAGGAUACAGAUGGACCCCCUGAAGCUGAAGGCAGUUAAGGACUGGCCCACACCUACCACAAGGCGAGCCCUCCAACAGUUCCUGGGGUUCGCAAAUUUCUACCGGCGGUUUAUCAGAGGCUACAGUUCCGUGGCUGGACCUCUCACCGCACUCACGUCCACCAAGACCUCCUUCCAUUGGGGUAGGGAGGCUGAGAAGGCGUUUGCAGACCUAAAAAACAAUUCUCCUCAGCUACGGAACCCCACUCCCUGCAGACCAUCCUUCCUCCAAGAUGCCUGGUGGGUGCAGCCCUGCUGGAGAUUGAGGUCGUCGUCCAGGAAGCCCUGAACCAGGAACCCGGACCAGGUAAUGGACCCCCUAACUGUCUCUUUGUGCCUUCAACUGUUCGCUCUCAGGUGCUGGAAUGGGGACACAGUUCUAAGGUCGCCUGCCAUCCAGGGGCCGAGAGAACUCUGGCAGUGAUCGAACAGCGUUUUUGGUGGCCCUCCAUGAAGAGCGAUAUUCAAACAUUUGUGGCCGCCUGCGACGUCUGCACCAGAAACAAGUCAGGUAACAGACCCCCAGCGGGCCUCCUGAGACCUCUCCCUGUCCCUCAUCGUCCUUGGUCACACAUUGCUGUGGAUUUUGUGACUGGGCUUCCCAAGUCUGAGGGCAACACAUGUAUUCUGACUGUGGUAGACAGAUUCUCUAAGGCAGCCCACUUUAUAGCUCUGCCCAAGUUGCCGUCUGCUAAGGAGACUGCUGAACUAUUGAUCGUCCAUGUCUUCCGCCUACAUGGCCUACCCUCUGAUAUUGUCUCCGACCGUGGCCCACAGUUUUCUGCCCAGUUUUGGAAAGCUUUUUGUAAACUAAUCGGUGCCUCUCCCAGCUUGUCUUCAGGUUUCCAUCCACAGACCAAUGGACAGACAGAGCGGGCAAACCAAAAGCUGGAAGUUGCACUCCGGUGCAUGACCUCCCAAGACCCCACGUCAU